GCUUGUUAAGAUCGUAUACUAUGCUCAGGAGUCAGGUAUGCUCGGGGAGAUUGUAACUACCGUAGUCACAUGCUGACCCGUUCACAGCGAAAGCAGCAUACGGGGUCUCGAAUGUCAGCGGUCUGGCGAGCUGUGGAAGAUGCUGAAGGGGGUGAGGUCCAGGACGACGAGGUGGAACUGUUGAUCGCGCAGGCUUGGCGGACGGAUACGGAAAGGGAAUUGCUAGAGAUAUUAUUCGGCAAGGUGGAAGAAGGCCAUCUCGACACAACCACGGACGAGUUGUUGGUGUUUUUAGCGCCGCUGGUGGACGAUUUACUCCUCCACAUCCUGUCGAGGUGUGACGAGAAGCCAGGGACGGACGUGCUCACUCGCACGCUUGCGCCUCAUCUGUUGCGGUCCACGUGUACGGAGCUAGACGGGAUAACUACUUUUACCCGUCCCCGAGCCUCUAUCUCCAAAUCGACGUCACCGAUCUCACACUGUGGGACCCUUUUAUCCGGCGAGGAAACGCGCAAGGAGUCAGUGACGAAGACGAAGAAGAAGAAGAAGAGGAGCCAGAGGAGGAAGAGUCGGGCACUGAUCGGGAUGAUCCUGAUUACAUUGGGUCAGAGGAAGAAGAAGAGGCGACGAGAGAGGGAAGUGGAUCGGGAGAACCAAGUGGUCGUCCCAGGUGAAGCAAAGAGGAGGAAGAAGCUGAAGCUCAAAGGAGGCGGGAGAAAGCGGAGGGCAAGCGGCCAGUCGAAGGCCGCCACCACAGCUACUGUUAGAUGGCAGAUCCUAUCUAGCCUAGACUACAAUGUCGAAGAUGACGUCAACAACUUUCCCGAAGUACGAGCAUACAACGACCAAUGUCGCAAGCUUCCAGCACCAGGGAAUGGGGGUGGGUGGAAUGGCGGGAACGGUGGAAACGGCGGAGGGAACAACUGGAAUGGUGCGGGCGGUAACAUCGGCUAUGGAGGCGGCAGCAAUAACGGCAACGGCGGGAGCAACGGUGGUAAUGGGGGUGGCGGAAACGGCGUCAACGGUGGAGGUGGUAACUGGGGAGGUAGAAACGGUAACGGAGGAGGUAGAAAUGAGGGUAAUGGCGGUAAUUGGAAUGGAGGCAGCCAAGGGAACUGGAACAAUAGUGGGAAUUGGAACAACCGGGGCAGUGGGGGAAACGGUAAUGGCGGCAACAGUGGCGAUUGGCGGAAGUCUGCUCGCUGCUACAAUUGCAACCAGUUCGGUCACAUUGCCCAGGAGUGCAACGCGCCCAGGCAAAACCAAGGUGGCGGCAAUUGGAACAACGACAGCAAUGGUGGUGGAGGAGGUUGGAACGGAGGACGUAAUAGCAAUGGAGCAAGCAGCUCUUCGUCGACAGGGGAGGCAACUAAUAUGAUUGGGAUUAGUCGGGAGUUGGAGGAAUCACUCAAGGCGGUAUCCCUGUUUUCGCAAAGGCAUAUCGAAAUGGAGGAACGACGCGAGACCGAGCAGAGGGAAGCGGUGGAACGAAAUAAACAACAGGAGGAGGAGAAACGAGUAAGAGAGGAGAAGAAUCGCAUUGAGUUGGAGAAAAAGAAAGCAAAAGAAAAGAAAGAAGCGGACCGGGAGUGGAAGCUGGAAAUACUGUUGGCGAAGCAAAAGGCUACGUUGAGAGAAGAAUUCGAGAAGAUGUUCGACAAGAAAUUGCAGAAGGCAGUUGUAUCCGAAAAAGUGGUGAAAGGGAAAGCAGCAAUGGCCAAGAUGAGUUCAAACGAGGAGGAGGAAGACCCUGCGGAGGAGCGUCUCGAGAAACGCAAGCGGCAACCUCCGGCUUUGGCGUGUCAAGCCAGCCCGCCUGGCGAAUCGCCUUCGAAGGUCGGGAGGGCCUCGACCUCCGAACCUCCAAGCACUCCCCGCCAGGACAAGUCUCCGUGCCUUCGGAGCUGCAUCACCAUGUCGCGUGAGGAUGACGACAUGUCGCUCAUCGUGUUGACGACGAUGGCAGUCACCGCCAUCGCUACCUCGUCGAUCUCUUCUUCGCGUAGACCGUGCCCGCAGCCGCGAACGUCCAUCUCUUACAAUCGUUCCGCGUCUACAGCCGAGGAGGAGAGGGCCACAACGACGAUAAGGACAACGACGACGUCAGCGACGAGGACAAAGGGAGUGAGAACGGCUAUAGAUGUAGAGGAGAAGAAGAUCAGGACCCAUAGACACCGAGGAGGAGGAAGAGGAGGAAGAAGAGGAGGCAGUGAAGGAAGAGAGGAGGAAGAGGAGGAGGAAGAGAAGGAGGAAGAGGAGGAAGAGGAGGAAGAGGAGGAAGAGGAGGAAGAGGAGGAAGAGGAGGAAGAGGAGGAGGAAGAGGAGGAGGAAGAGGAGGAGGAAGAGGAGGAGGAAGAGGAGGAGGAAGAGGAGGAGGAAGGGGAGGAGGAAGAGGAGGAGGAGGAGCGGAGUCUGAGGACACUGGCGAGAGGAGAAAGAAAAUGAGAAAAAAAUGAAAGUAUAGUGAGUCU